AUGGCCGGUGUACGCGCCGUCGUCUUCCUCUCAUUGGCCGGUGUGCUCGGGCUGACGCUUCUCGUGCUCGGAUGUGCACUGCCAAUGUUUGGGAACUGGUGGCCAAUGUUCGUGAUCUCAUUCUACAUUGUCGUUCCGCUACCACUGAUGAUUGCAAAGCAUUUUCAAGAGGAUAUGGACGGAACGAGUGCCUGCAUCGAGCUGGCGCUAUUCAUCACGACCGGGAUUGUCGUUUCGGCCUUCGCUCUGCCGACCGUCUUGGCGCACUGUGGAGCGAUUAAAGCCGGCUCGUGUGUGCUCACCGAAAUCGCGAAUGUUGUCAUGUUCGGCACGAUUUGCGCCAUCUAUUUUCUAGGCCAAUAUAAGAUCCACGGCACGGUCGUCGUUCUCGUCUGGAUGGCCAACACCAUAUUCUUCGGCGCCAUAUUCUCCUACUUCAGGACGUUCAACCGUGAGGAAAUGCACGAGCUGGCCCUGUGG